AUGCUGCACGCACUCAGUCACUCACGGCUCCUGCGCUCCCCUUCCCCUCGCGUGUGUGGCGUGCCCACUGCACUGCAUGCAGGCCCGUGGCGGACAGCCCUGCAGCGCUGGCGCGCGCGCGCUGUACCGCAAGAUGGUGUGCUCUCAGCGCGGGGGCUCGUGCUUCGAGAAAUGGCGAGGGAGUCCUUCGAGAACGCCACGUGCUGCUCGUCGCUCGCAGCAUAUCACCAUAUCACCAUCUCCCAUUGCCUCACUUUCACCGUCCUGCCUCACUCACCUCUCCCGCACGCCAGCUUGCAACACUCCUUCCCACUUGCACCGACGCACCUCGUCCUGUUCAGCCACGCCACAGCGCAGGGCCUUCCAACGUGCUGUUGGCGUGGGUGCUCCGCCACCACCUCGCCUGCCAGGUCGACCUGCUGCCCGCCCUCUCCUGCCACAUCGCCACACUCGCCCCGCCACCACCACUCCCCUCCGUCCUCCUCCCGGCGCUCCUCUCGUCAACCACAUGUACCGGCUGCUACUUUGAAUGCUGCCUCCCCUGCAGCGGCGCCAUCGCCGGACCAUGCGGCUGCCUGCGUGGCUCGCCUCUCAUCUCCUGCUGACUCAGCGCAGCAGCCUGUCCAGUCAGCUAGUGCAGCUGCCUCACCAGCAGUGCAGAGCUGGCAGAUCAUGUACGACGUGAGUGAGCCAUCUCACUCGGUGACUUGGCUCUUCCUAUCCCGUACUGUCCUGCACGCCGCUCCUUCCCCUCGCCUCCCAUCUCCAUUCAUUACACACGUCCCUUCAUUCCCUGCUGUGAUGUGCCACUCCCACUCCCACCCUUCUCUCUCCUCACCCAAGCGUUUCCCCUCCAUGCACCUCUCAAUUCCCACCACUCCUGUCCCCCCGCAGCACCAGGACGCGGGGGUGUACCGCAUAUCCCCCAUGCCCCCCGCCCUACCCGCCAGUCACCUGCCAGUGCAGCCCCUUGGGUGCGUGGACGAGGGUGCGGGGGCUUGUCGGCAUGGCGCCUGCAUGCACAGCAGAGAGCCUGGAGAUGCCAGUAGCAGCAGUAGCAGCAGCGGACAGGGGCAGGGAGGGAUGGAGGGCAGUAGAGAGAGGCGUGCAGGGGUGGGCAGUGGAGCACAUAGAGGCAGGAAUGGAUGGGCGCAUGGCUGA